CGUGACCUCGCGGCUCACUCGCCGGACCCCGACAAACAUUUAAAGCGACGUUGGGGACACGCAACCGCACCGUCCUCUUCUCCCAUGUCUGCACCACUUGCGAUGUUAUGAAGUUGGAGAAGACAGAAGAGCGAGGUCAUUGCCAUGAAGCAUGAAUUAAAGCCUAGAUUUCCCUGCGGAUUUUACCAUAAUUAACGGCUGUUCUUUUCAACACCAGCUAAUGCUUUAAUUGGACAACUGUGAGAGGUUAGUACAUUGCCUUAUAUGGUUUACGAAAUAUAGUGGGAAUUUAAGGGACAUGGGCGAAGCAAAGAGCGUUGGGCCGAUGGAGAGCCCAUUCAGUUGCCGUGAUAAUGGUCGAUUGGACAGUUCGAAUGCCACAAUCUCUUCAGAUUAUGGCCGUGAAAAGUUUUUUUUGUUAAAUUAUCGUUUGAACAAGGUACGUUUUAUUGCCUUCUUUAAUGGUUGAUUUCUUGCUGUAAUAUUCUCACGAUUAAUACUAACAUAUUUUUUAUUUGGGAUAAUCAUCCGCAUGCAACGAGUCUAUAAAAAGGAGGCGAUUUUUUAUUUACCUUCCCUCGUUUCGAACUCGAGGAUUUAUUUAUCUAUUAAUUCCUCUCUGUUUCGUCUUCGCCCUCUACACCAGUUCCGAGAAUUUUUGAAGGAACACUAGGCUGGCUUUGCAUGCGACACUGAUGGAGAAGUUGGAAGUCGCUGAUUGUGUGUUCAGCAGAAUUCAAAGGAUCGAACCAGAAAAUGCUAUGAAGCUCAUUGGUUAUCUUCUUUUGAAGUACUCACAAAAGGAGUUCUUGGAGUUUGCACUAGGACCAGAUGAUCAGAUCCUUUCUCUGAUCAAUGAAGCCAAAGCAUACAUUGUAUCAUCAAGAAAGGUGAACAUGGCUUUUCCUAUGCAAUUCAACCAAGAUCCGCAGUUUCACUACAUGCCUUAUUCCCAAACUUUUUCAAGAACUAGCCCUUCACCUUCUGAUAUUCGCAUUGGAGUUCCCCGUUUUGCUCGUUGGCUAUCUCCUCAAGAGAUGCCACUUCCUCAGAAUAUAGAAAUCUUACCUUCUUUGAAUACUGAUUUGAUAUGUAAACAAACUGCUCUUUUGGGCUUGAAGGACCAGCCAAAUGAUUUGAAUCACUUUGGUACUGACCAAUCAAAAAAUUACUGCGUGCCUGAUGCUGCACUUGCUGGUGGUUUCUGUUCGAAUAGCAAUGAAAGGUUGCGCCAAGCAUGGCUCGAAUCAUCGCCCAAAGCAUGCCAUUAUUUUCACAAGGGAUACUGUAAGAAUGGCAUCAACUGUCGCUUUUACCAUGGUCAGAUAACUCCUGAACAGUUUAAAGAUAUGCAUGAUCCGGAAUUGUAUGAGUUUGGUAAUCAGGAUCAUUUGAUUCCACCAGGAUCGUUUGCCAAAUUGGAAAUGGAGAUCGCAGAAUUACUGAAAUCAAAGCGAGGGGCUCCUAUUUCUAUAGCCUCCUUGCCAAACUUGUACCAUGAAAAAUAUGGUAAAAUGCUUCAAGCUGAUGGAUAUCUGACAGAGAGCCAGCGUCAUGGUAAGGGCGGUUUCAGUUUGACAAAGCUGCUUAAUCAGUUGAAUCAUAACAUUCAACUAAUAGACAGGCCUCAUGGUCAGCAUUCAGUUAUACUUGCAGAAGAUGCUCCCAAGUAUACAGAGUGCAAGGGUGAGAGGGUGGAUCGGUUUGGAGUACUUUUAAGUUCUCAUCAGAUAUAUCUUACUUUCCCUGCUGAAAGCAUGUUUUCGGAGCAAGAUGUCUUCAAUUAUUUCAAUCAGUAUGGCCCUGUACAUGAUGUGAGAAUUCCACGCCAAGAGAAGCGAAUGUUCGGGUUUGUGAGUUUCCUCUACUCGGAGACUGUCAAAGUUAUUUUGGCAAUGGGACAUCCACAUUACAUUUGUGGUUCUCGAGUUCUGGUUAAGCCAUACAAGGAGAAAUCAAAGCUUACAGACAAAAAGUACUCGGAAAAGGAGCCUCCUAUAUGUUUCCCUUCUCAAUGUUUUGCAAUGGACCACAACACGGAUACAAUGCUCAAUACAUUUGAUGGUGGAUAUAUCCAGAGACAGCUCUCUGAAGGUCAUGAGCUCGCUAUUGAACUUGAUAGAAGACGGUUGUUUGAGCUGCAGCUAAACCGUAAUCACCUGACAUCUCAACCAUAUUUCAGCAACAAAAUUGAUGAGCUUAAGUCUAUUGAAGUUGCAGUUGAUGUCAACAACCAUUCCACUUAUUCAAUGAGUGGCCUCAGAAGUGACUGCAUGGCUAAUCAGGAAAUGAACAAUUUGAGCAAUGAUAGAAAGAGUGAUCACAUACAACUUCCGGAUAGUCCUUUCUAUUCACCUGAGACUGGAUGUAGCAUUUCCACAGUCAUAUAGAAUUCGAUAGAAUUAGAGUGAGCAUUCAAUACUGAUACAGGUGAUUUGAAGUUAUACUGAUCUUCACAAUCAUUCAGAGGAACCCAAUACAAAAGAAACCAUCAUCUGAUGAUACCUUCGUCUAUAAGGCCAUACAUAUCAUAGAAAAGCUACAUGAAAAUAGGAACGAUACCUUGCAAUGUUUAGCACUGAACAAGUUAGUGACGUUAGACAGAUUGAGCUUGUGUUUUGUUAUACAAUGUUGAUUUCCAUACUAAUAGAACAAAAGACAUAAAUAUUUUACUUUUUGCAAAGAUGUUUAUGCA